AUGGCGGUGUUGGCUUUAGCAGUCCUUUUCAUUGCAGGUCUUGCCUGCUCAUCUGCAGAGGAGGGGAAAUUAACCUCGAUUGAGGAGUACCCCAGCUUGGUGCAGGUGGAGAACCGCGCAGGCCUGCUGUGGCUGCAGUUCUGUGCUGGUAGCGUGUUGACAUCAUACCACAUUCUAUCAACGGCACGAUGCUUCUCUGGACCCAACUACACAAACCGUAACCGCCGCGUCAGAGCCGGUACCUCCAUCCGUGGAUCUGAGGGUAUUAUCCGAGAAGUUGCACGAGCCUAUCUCCACCCGUCCUUUGGCCUUUUGGGUAACGAUGGCGAUGUAUCCGUCGUCCGUCUGGAAACCCCAAUGACAUUGGGUAACACUAUCGCACAGGCUCCCAUUCUGGGCGAGGGCAUCUACUUGCCUUAUGGAUUACAGCUGCAGCUUGUUGGCUGGGGUACUACUAGUGAGGGUGGAAACCGAGGCGACAGCAAUCUCUAUGAACUGGACAUCUACACGGUCUCCAACGACGAGUGCUUAGAAACAUACUUGGGGCUUGAAGAUGUAGUGAACAACACCAUCACAGAAAACAUGAUCUGCACUGGACUCUCAAGCACCAAGGGUAGAGAUCUUGACACAAGAGAUGAGGGAGCUCCUCUCUUCUACACCGGAGUGACAGUUGGUAUCGUCUCCUUCGGAGUACCAAAUGGAGAGGACAGUGUCCCUCUUGUCAGCACCGCCAUUUCCUCUUACACCAACUGGAUUGUUGAAACUGCGACUUUGUAA